AUGAAGAAAUCGAAAUCUGCAGGGAUUUUAAUGCCCCAGGAACAGAUCAUAAAAUAUAUAGAAAACUCGUAUAAUAAAAAGUUUCUAGAUUUAGAGACUAAGCAGAAGGCGACACAAGAUAUUGUUUCAAUUUCAGAAAUUAAGAACCAGAAACUCAAGCUCCGAAAGCAGCUUAAUUUAGAUAUACAAAAUGUGAUAAAUAACCGGAAAAGAAUAAGUUUAGAGCAGAAGUUAGAAAAAACGAUGCAGCUGAAAACGGAAAGAUUAGAUUAGACAAAUUUCAGCGGGCCGCAGAGGAUUAAUUCAGCCUUUACUUGCCCUUAGACGGCUUCAGGCUAAAGUUGCCCUAAGGCACCGGCGGUAAGGCCAAGGAUUCCCUAAACCCCCGUUAGUGUUCAGGGCAUAAGUUUAUUGCUUACUCCCCCCCCCCUCCGUGAGCGAACAAAACCAUUAGAAAAAAUCGCCAUUUUUUGACCAAAAACCCACCCUCCGUGAGUGAACAAAAAUUUUUUUUAAUAGAAAAAAUUUUAAUGGGAAAAAAAUUUUGAUAUAUAAGUGAUAAUUAGUAUAAUGAAAUCUAGAGCUAAUUCUGUUUAAUUUUAAACAAAUUGCGUUUUAAAACAUAAAUUUUGCAAAUUAAAUUAAUAUUUGCUUCCCAAUUUUUGCAAAUUAGGAUUUUUUUUAAAUUUCGAAAAAAAUAUUUUUUAUAAAAUUUAUAUAUAAAUUUUUUUUAAAAAAAAAAAUUAACCCCCCUCCGUGAGCGAACAAAAUUUUUUUGUUCGCUCACGGAGGGGGGGGGGGGAGUUAGAGCCUCCUUCUGGGACAAAUAGCCUUAUGCAGACAAAUAUUGCUUCCCCAGAAGUAUAAGCUGUCAUGCGCCUUCAGUUUUCUCGUCUAUGAACCGAGGAAAAAAGCCUGCCAUAAGUUUUGACCAUGCAAAGAGAACUUGGACUUCCUAAAACGAUGGGAUACGCUUACCUGAACCUAUUUAGCUUGUCAUCUUUUAAAAAGUGAAAGCGGAAAGAAGAAGAGAAAUAUUAAGAGAAAUCACUCAGAAAAACAAUAAAUUUUCAUCUAUAGUUCAGUCUAGAAAAAGAAGCAUUGAAUGCGAAGAGAAUAAAAAGGUGGAAGACUUUUUUCAGUAUCGAAAGUCUACAGGAGACACGUCAAAUGCUCAAACUUCAUUGACGAGCAGAGAUGAUCCAAGCAAAAUUUUUAAAAAGAGCACUCAAAGCGAGUCACUUAUUAUGAAAAGGGAAGCGAUACAAGAAGAAAACAUUAAUAAGAUGAAAGAAGAAAGGUCAAGGCACGAAGAAAGAAGGCUAAUUCAUUUACUCUCCCUUCUAUGAGUGAGCAAAACAUUGGUAUAAACUUCUAUUUUUUAGAAAAAAUCUAUGUGAGCUGGGGAAAAAAAGUUAUUUAAUUUAAAUACUUUUAUUUAUACAUAAAUUUUUAAAAAAAAUUACUAAAAAUCUCCAGGAAGCCAAAAUUUUGAUCGGGGAUUUAGCGGAACUACUUGAAAAGCCUGGAACUACUCGAUGGAUGUCAACUGCUUCUGGAGGUAGAAUGAAAAAUUUUUAUGGAUCUCUACCUACAUCAGUUUGCAAUACCCCAAGAAAUUUACCAAUAUGAGACUGCAUUAAUGGGUAUACUGGCCCUGCUAAAACAGCGAGGACGAAUUCAACUCAGAUGAGUGAGGAUGCUAAAUGAAAAGAAGACAUUUUAAAGAGGUAUUGCUAUAAACUAAGCCCUAAUGACUCAGUACUUACAAUAGAUCAAGCUAUGCUUUAUUUACAGUUAAGAGGAAAAGGCUGCCCCAAAAAAGAAGCUAUUUCUUUCAGUUCGAGGCACAGAUGCAGAACAGACUCAACUCAAAGGUAUGAUGGUCCACUUGGAUAUAAGGUGCUUAAAAGACUAGAUAAUCGAAAUCAAGGCCCAAGCUGGCAAGGAUGGCAAUUUCAUCAAGCUGAGUACAAAAGUGAUAUGAAAUAUAAACCAUAUAAAGCUUCAAAUCCUCACGAUGAUUAUAAUUUGCUUGUGGAAGGGUAUGAGAAUUUCACUAAAAAAUAUGCGAUAGUGAAUGGAGUUAUGAUAAAAAAAGACGACUGAGAAGAAAACUGCAAUAAUUCCAUGCUUUCAUUUCCUAAAAUACAUCCAAAGACUGAAAAUUCUGUUGUUCAAUCAGCUCCAAAUUUAUCAAUAGGACAAUCAAAAGAAACAGAGUUGAACCAGCCAACAAUCCCAGAGAUCAUUGAAACAAAAGUAGAAACCCUACCGUCAGAAGAGUCCCAGCAAAGUCAAUUUAUAAGACACUCUGCUAAAUCUUAUACACAAAUAGAGCCAUCUUUUUCUGUGCAGAGACUGCUCGCACGACGAUCACAUAUGAGGCCUCCAGAAGAUAAAAUUGACUCAGUUCAAGAGAAAGGGUCUUCAAAAAUCGUUAUCAGGAGCUUAAAGCCAUUUGUUAACCCCACAAAAGUUUCUUCUUCAGCUUCUUCAGACUUUUUAUCCCCAAGAGAAGCAAAAAGCAUUGAAGAAAAGUCAAGAAGACUAAACAAAAGCAAAACCAGCUUCCUUCUCAGGCAUGAUGAGCGCACAGAGAGCCUUAAAAUACCUUCAGGAGAAAAGUCUAUAAGCCGAUAUGAUCUAUAUGAAAAGAAAAAAGAAUUCUUUUAUCAGCAAAUGAAAAAAAGAGCUGAAAUUUCAAGAUCAAAUGUCGAGCUCAUCCAAAUGGAAAUUUCCAAAAAAAUCAAAGACAUGGCAAAGGCAACAGAAGAAAAUAUAAAGAAAAGCCAGGAAAGAAAAACUUAUUUAGAAAGCCAGCUUACUGAGCAAAUUCAAAGAGAAUUUGAAGUUAAGCUGCAGAAACUUGAGCAGGCUGAAAACUAUAGGAAAUCGCUAUAUGAGGAAAUAGAAAAAAACAAAAAAAUUAAAUAUAAAAAUUAUUUGCAAAAAGUCCAAAGUAUGAAAUCCAAGAUUUCAGCAGAGAUUGAAGAUAAGCAGCAGAACGUAAAAGAGAUAAGUAUAAAUAAACAACUUAGAGCUGAAAUAAAUAAAAAAGAACUUGAACAACAAAAAGAAAAGAGGUUUGAAGAAAAAAGAAGGGAUUAUGAUUUUUCAAGGAUGUUUUCAGCAGUGAUUACAAAGUUGAUAGCGCUUCCUUUGAGUUCUAUUCAAGAAAUAAGACCUGAAGAAAAUAAAUUUUAA